AUGGCUAUUAAUUCAUCUACAAGUCCUAUUCUGUUAUUGGCACUAGCCAUGAUUCUAGCCAUUUCAAGAACAGCCCAAGCUAAUGACCCUGAUAUCUUGACCGAUUUCAUCACCCCAAAUACGAGCGCUGUUGGUGCCAGUUUCUUCACCUACAGUGGACUCAACGGGAUCUACAACCCAUACCUGAAAAACUUCACAGUCAUCAAAGCUUCAAUGACUGAGUUCCCGGCUCUAAAUGGUCAAAGCGUGUCGUAUGCGGUGCUCCAGUUCCCACCAGCUGGUGUGAACCCACCUCACACUCAUCCUCGUGCAGCUGAAUUGCUGUUGGUGAUAAUGGGUACGCUUGAAGUUGGAUUUGUUGACACCAAGAAUGUGUUGUUUAACCAAACUCUUAAAGAGGGUGACAUGUUUGUGUUCCCAAAGGGACUUGUUCAUUUUCAGUACAACAAGAACCACAUACAAUCAGUAAUCGCAGUUUCUGCAUUCGGAAGUGCGAAUGCUGGCCUGCUUUCGGUGCCAAAGUCUGUUUUCACUACUGGUAUUGAUGAUAAUGUGCUUGCGAAGUCGUUCAAAACCGAUGUUCCUACGGUUCAGAAAAUCAAGAUCGGACUCAAGAACUAG